GUAACCUUCUCAAGUGGAAAAACAAAUGCUCCUUUCUCUGUGGUCAUUCCUACGGAUAGUUUUCUUAAGUUUGGUUCUUUCUUUAAGAUGCAGUUGUUAGAUACGCAUCUGGUUGGAGAUCUGCCUAUCAUCAAAGCCAAGACUCCCACACUAGGUAACAGAAGCGUAAUUUACCUGAACGUCACAGCAUCAGACAUCGAUGGUGAAAUUGGUUUUGAAAAACUCCAUCAAACCAUUCUCGUCCAGGAACCAGAAGGACCUUCAUCAAGGAACGUUAUUCUACUGGUGGUCAGAGAUGUGACUGCAGGACGUGCCACAGCUGAAUGGACCAUAUCUAGUAGCAACCCUUCUUUUUAUGCCAGCGAUAUUGGAGCAAGUCGAGGAAUGAUAACAUUUGAAAAAG